CUGUCGCCCGGCCUCCUUCGGCAGCCCCGCCUCUACCGCUGCUCCGGAAGCGGAAGUUCUCCGGCUGCGGAGCCGCUGCUUGGAGACGGCGGGAGCAAAUUCAGUAUGGCGGCCGGGCCCAUCUCCGAACGGAAUCAGGAUGCCACUGUGUACGUGGGGGGCCUGGACGAGAAGGUCAGCGAGCCGCUGCUAUGGGAGCUCUUCCUUCAGGCCGGACCCGUGGUCAACACUCACAUGCCCAAGGACAGAGUCACGGGGCAGCACCAAGGCUAUGGAUUUGUGGAAUUCCUGAGUGAAGAGGAUGCUGACUAUGCCAUUAAAAUCAUGAACAUGAUCAAACUGUAUGGGAAGCCAAUACGAGUGAACAAAGCAUCAGCUCACAACAAGAACCUAGAUGUGGGGGCCAACAUUUUCAUAGGGAACCUAGAUCCUGAGAUUGAUGAGAAGCUGCUCUAUGAUACCUUCAGCGCCUUUGGGGUUAUUUUGCAGACUCCCAAGAUCAUGCGGGACCCUGACACAGGCAACUCCAAGGGCUAUGCCUUUAUUAAUUUUGCUUCAUUUGAUGCCUCCGAUGCAGCAAUUGAAGCCAUGAAUGGGCAAUACCUGUGUAAUCGACCUAUCACAGUAUCUUAUGCCUUCAAGAAGGACUCGAAGGGUGAACGCCACGGCUCUGCAGCUGAGCGACUUCUGGCAGCACAGAACCCCUUGUCUCAGGCAGAUCGGCCCCAUCAGCUGUUUGCUGAUGCACCACCCCCACCCUCUGCCCCUAAUCCUGUUGUGUCUUCCUUGGGAUCUGGGCUUCCUCCACCAGGGAUGCCCCCACCAGGCUCAUUCCCACCUCCUGUGCCACCUCCUGGAGCCCUUCCUCCAGGAAUACCCCCAGCCAUGCCUCCCCCACCUAUGCCUCCGGGGGCUGGAGCCCAUGGCCCUCCAUCCGCAGGAACUCCUGGGGCUGGGCAUCCAGGACACGGACACUCACAUCCCCAUCCAUUCCCACCAGGUGGAAUGCCUCAUCCCGGUAUGUCCCAGAUGCAGCUUGCCCACCAUGGUCCCCAUGGCUUGGGACAUCCCCAUGCGGGGCCCCCAGGUUCAGGGGGACAGCCUCCUCCGAGACCACCACCAGGAAUGCCCCAUCCUGGCCCUCCUCCUAUGGGAAUGCCACCCCGAGGACCCCCUUUUGGAUCUCCCAUGGGUCACCCAGGCCCCAUGCCUCCCCAUGGUAUGCGAGGACCUCCUCCGUUAAUGCCCCCCCAUGGAUACAGCGGCCCCCCUCGACCUCCACCCUAUGGCUACCAAAGAGGACCCCUUCCCCCACCUCGGCCCUCCCCCCGUCCCCCAGUACCCCCUCGAGGUCCACUUCGGGGUCCUCUUCCUCAGUAGAGCCAAAUUUCUCUACAACCUACUGCACUCCUCUGAGACUCUCCCUGUCUGGACCAAUCAGAGGAACUGUUGCCUCUUGGGCCUGAAGCACCCCUUUCUUCCUUGCAUUUGUCCUUUUUUCCAGUGUGAUUUUUUUCCCCCCACUGGACUUUUUUCUAUGUUGGGCUCCACUUCUCCAAAUAUUGACAGUGAAUAAAGCUGAAUCCCUUGUUUA